AUGCUUUCUUCCACUUGUAAAGCAGACAAUUACAACGCAUUUCUUGAAUCCCCAUACUCUGGGAUAAAGGGAUUCCUUGGGGACUUUACCAUUCACAUUCCUUUCAUUAAGUCGUUGACUCUUCAACACUUCCUUCAAACUCCUCCACCUUCGCCAAGCGAGUUAAUUGGACUCUUUCCAAUAUCCCAAGCCAUAUUUAACCACAUUUCUAUCGUCAUUACCACAACACCGAUAAUUAAUCAAUACUUGUUGUGUCUUGUUCCCUCUAAAAUGAACGAACAAGUCUUUUGGUACAAAUAUUUUGAGUAUCUAUUCAAUUCAGAAGACAAACCCACUUUACUCAGUGAGUUGAUUGAGAAAAGAAAUUCACUGAAACUUCUUCCAAAGUACGUCUUCCUCAAUGGAGUUUAUAUCGACUAUUCAACAAAUCAGAAGAAGCAAAAUCAAAGUAUAUUCCCUCAAGUCAUCGAAUUGAUCGCUUCAAACCAAAGCUUUGACUUAAAAACAAUAUACUCGGACGCUCUCUGUUCUACCGACCUUAUCCCAAAGUCUGAGAGUGUCUUCAACAACACUUACGAUUUGCUCAUCACUAUUUUCUGUUAUUUAUUUAAGGACUUCAAAGACUUGUACAUCCCUUAUGUCGGUAAUUUGGUGUUACUCUCUUUGCAAUUAUUCAACGCUUCUGAGACCUUUGUAAACAUUUUCAAUUUGAUCGUCGCGGCACAUUGUGACGGGUCGUUUUAUUCCUCAAGAUUCGAACUUGAGUUGCUGACCGAGUUCAUGUUUGCGGCUGUCGUCUUACAACACCCACACAUCAAGCAGUACAACAAGUCAGUGGUGUUAGACUUUAUUGAAAAUAGCAUGAAGAACUUUGCUCUGCCGCUUCUGAAUUCAUUGGAGUUGGUGCAGAAACGGCCAAUUGUCGAGUUUUUACUUCAGAACGGGAAGGUGGGAUUUUUGCGGUUGUUUUUGUAUUUGUUUAAAGAGUCAUCUAACUUGGACUACACCAGUGUCAACUCGUUGACACAAUCGACUGCGGAACAAAUUUUGCUGUUACACAAGAACGAGUCGAGUCCAUUUGUGUCGGAACUGCUGGUGUUUCCGAUGAACCAAUUUUUGACACACAAUCACUUUAUAUCGACGUUGGUGUUUCCACCACCGGAAAUGCUGAGUCAAGCGACGCCGGUAGUUUGUGCGUCCCCGUCGAUCUGUUGCGGGUCAUCGAAUAUAUUGAAUGAAAAGGAAUUUGCGGAGAUUGUCAAAUUCUUACCGGAACGCAUUCGAAUGGUGUCGCCGGAGUUCUUGUUUUGUUCAUCUGUUGAUGGAUUAAGCUUGCGAACACUUUAUAUGAAAAUCACAUUUUCGAGUAUGUUACUCUUUUUGUGCCAAAGAGCAUCACACGUCUUUGGGGUGUUUGUUGCAGAAGAACUUGUCAUGAAAAACGAUUAUUAUGGUAAUGGAGAGACUUUUGUCUUCACUGCGAAACCAUUCAGAAGAAAAUUCACUCAAAAGGAACACACAAAGAACAAAUUUAUUAUUCGGUCGACACCACACGCAUUACUCUUUGGAGGAGGAAAGUUUGUGUUCUAUAUAUAA